AUGGGAAAAUAAAGGGCAAAGGCAAUAAAGUUUGAUAAAGAAAAAGAAAAACAAAAUUAAAAUGAUGUGGAAGAGAGAGAUGAAAAAAAUCAAUUAGUUUCUCAGAAUAAAAAAAUAAGAAAAGCUAAAUGGAAAUAUAUAUGCAGCAUUUAUCCCACAAUACAAUAAAUUCAGAGCUUUUAUUUGUAUGGCUCACUAAUUCUUCACACUAAUUACGACCCAGAUACUGUUUUUUCUAAUUAAGCAAUAGAUCUAGUUCUACGCCAUUAACAAAUAUAAAGUGUAAUUAUUGACAAAUAGAUUGGAGCUAUUGAAACUAAUUUUAAUAUUAUAAAUCCUGGCUUAGUUGAUUUUUCCUUCUUAGUUGAACACUACAAAAAUAAAUAAUUAUAAAUAUAUUUUGAUUUUGCCAAGAGUCUCAAGGAUUUCUAAAUAUUUGUGAAUGUAAUCAACUAAAAAACAAUAGACAAACAAAAUGAAUUGAAAUCAAAACCAACACUGUUGGAUGUAUUUGAUAAAUAAUAUUUAGAAUUUGAGAAGUGGGCUCAAAAUUUAAUUGAAAAACACUUUAAAGAUGAGUUUUUUGGUUAUAGCUUAUACUAAGCUAACUACAGAAAAGGCUACGUUGAAAUGAAAAAAUAAGUAAAUUCAUAAAAUUCCAUUUCGCUCUUUGGUGAAUCUAUGAAUGAUGUUUAUGAGGCUGAAAUCUGUAAAAUGAAGAACAAAUCAGUUAUGUUUGAAAAAUAUUAAGAUUUUAAUAUAGAUUUAAUAUUGGAGUGUCUAGCUUUUGAAAUUAGUGCUAAUGCUAGCUCGCUGCCUUACUAAAAAAAAUACUUAUAUUUUAGUACUAUUGAGGGAUUUUAACUGCCUGGAACUUUGGAAAUUUAUAAAAUAAAAUUUUAUGAUUACAAGAAAAAUGAUCCGAAUUUUUAUUUUAUAUAAGAAUUUGAUUACUCUAUGACUAUUAAUGUUCUUAAAGUUGAUAAUUUAUGGUUAAAGAGGCUGAUUAAUAUCAGGAAGGAGCUAGAAAAUUAUUAAAUACCUAAUAAUCCACCUUUUAUAUUUGAAAAUUCUUCAGAAUUCAGCAGUCAUAAUAAUAUCUUAAAUUUUAACGAAGAGGAUAGUGAUAUUUUAAGUACAGUCAAAAAUAAUAAUUUUAUGCAGUCAGAAAAAUUUGAUUAAAUGAUAGAUACCUCUUAAAAUGGACAAUAAUAUAUAAUAGGUAGUUUAUAAGCAAGCAACUUUUUAGGUAAAAAUGAUAACAAAUUAGCUAAUGCAGAUACAGACCUAUAUUUUACUCCUGAGGUAAUAGAUUUAGCUGGCGAUAUAGAUCGCUAAGAAUACUUAAAUAAGCAAGUCCUAUAAUUGCAAUAGAAGGAAAAAAUUGUUCAAAACUUAAAUUAAUUUUAUUCUUAUAAAAAGCAAGAACUAGAGCUAUCUAAUAUUGAAUAUUCUUGUCAAGUUGAAUACUUUUUAGAUAAAUAUUACUCAGAUCACGAUAGUUCAAAGAAUAGCUGA